ACGUACCUAUACGUAUCCUGUAUAAAUUUCGAUUUAUCUUGGUCGUCAGAUAUUCUUAAUAUUCUUUUGAUAUUAAGUAACCUCGAUAUAAAUAAAAUAAUAUUUACUAGGAUGUGUAAUGUCAGUAAUCAUAAUAAAAGAAAAACUGAAUAUUUCGUGGAUUCAAGAAACUAACCAAAUUUAUGUCUUUCAGCACAAUGUGAAAAAAAUAAAUCAGUUUUUAAUACAUAUAUAUUAUGGUCAUAUUUGGUGUAAUAAUAAAAUUGUGAAUAGAGCCAAAAAUUGAAAAAUGACAUCUAAAAACUGUACAAAAUCUUGCCAUCGUAAAGUGAAUAAUAGUGUGGCAUCAGGAAAUAUUCAAUUUGAUAAAUUAUUCAAGGAAAAUAGCAACCGUCCAUCUGCAGCUAAAUCUGCUGGUACAGUUGGAAAGUGGGGAAUCACAUCUUUUACAUCUAUCAGAAGUACAAAUAUCAAUGGGAGAUGUUUGCUUGAUGGACGUUUUAACCACGGAGUAAAACGCAUGAAAUCGGAUAAUGGAAAUCAAAAUGUCCAAGAAAAAAAGGUACUUCUACUCAAGAAGGAAGACUCAAAAUCAGAAUCGUAUAAGCCAAAAAAAUUUUUCAAAAGUAGAAAUAUUCUGCCCUUUUCUGAAGAUUUACGACUAAAUGAAGUACGUACUUCAUUUUCUAAUUCUGAAAGAGGUCAACUUUGUAAUGAAAAGCACGGUACUGGCGCUAGCAUUAAUGGAAAAAUCCUGAAAAAUGAUAAUAUUUUAAAAUCGUAUUCUGAGACUUCUUGCAAAGAUGAAAGUAAACCUCCAAUUGUAUUAAGGAUAUGCAAGGGCACUGCUAAAUUCGUUUCUUCGGAGGAUAAUGCUUCUGGUACUUAUCGGAUUUCAAAAAGUAAUUUGCAAAAUACAUCGAAUUCUGAACAAAGUAUAUAUCAACAUAAUGUAAAAUUCGAUAACAAGAAAGAUCACAUAUUUCGUAACGAUUCAUUCACGAUACCAUCGAUUCCUCAAACAGUAGAAUCUUUCGAUGUGAGAACUACACGUAGUAAAGCUAAAUAUUUACGAUCAGAUGUAUCAUCAAAUGAGUCAAUGUUAUCUGCCACUCCACAGAAUACUGAUAUAUCGUUAACUUUUAGAAAAUCUUUAACAGGUUCUAUUGAUAGAGAGGUUUCUAACUACGACAUAGUUAAGACCGAAAAUGACAUUACAUGUAAAAAAUCAUCAAAUAUAAAUAAGAAAAAAUUAGAUUUUGUUACUGUAGCAGAGAAAACUAUCUAUACAUUAACUGGAGAUUUUCGUGAUAACAAACUUCCAUUGACAAAAAACAAUGAAUUAAAAAAAGACAUAAAAGGAUCAAACUAUGACGAAAGUAUUUUAGUAGUAGAGAAAUCUGAGUCAAAUAUCAAAAGCGAAGUGAAUUUAUCUAAAGAAUGUGAAACAUUAGUGCAAAUUAAUUUAAAUAAUGACUAUACUGAUAAAAUAAUUUCAACCGAUAAAUCUCACUUAUUAAAAUUGGUAGUAGAUGGUAGAACUUCAACAAAAAAUUUAGAUCAAGAUUGGGGUUCUAGUGAUGAUGACAGUGAAAAUGCCAGUACUAAUUUGAAUAGUAAAAUUCAUAAAGAGUCUCACUGUCAUAUUACAAAGUUGGAAAGACCUCCGGAACCUACCGAUAAAAAAUUAGAAAAACCAACUGGUAUAAGAAAAGGUAGUAUUUUUAAAACUAGAUCUACAGGUACGAUGAACAGCAAUAAGAGACGUGCAUUAUAUAAACAUAAAUGGAGUGAUAACGAAAAGGAUCAAAAGUGUUCGGAUCCAACAACGGAUAAAAUUAAUACAGCAACCAAAUUCGAUAUUACAUUAGAUAAAAAUAUAAUAUUAUCUGGAAAAGAAUUCGACAGCGCUGAAUUAUCAAGGGUUGUUCCUUGUACAGAAAUGGAAGAGUAUAUACCGGAUAAUCUAGAAAAUACUGCAACCAACAUUCGUUGCGACAAAAAUUCGAAAGGAUUUUACACUGUUGUUAAGAAUGUCAAGAAGGCACAUCAAAUUCAAGAAAGUGGUGAGUUUCAAGAAUUCAAUGAUGACAUUGAGUAUAUUUUAGAUACUCUUAGAGAAAAUAAUCCAAAUGCUACACGCUGUUUGUCAGCUAUUCGACUUGCAAGCAAAUGCAUGGCACCAGCUUUCCGUAUGCAUGUCCGUGCUCAUGGUACUGUGGCCAAAUUUUUCAAAGCAUUGUAUGACGCGACAAACGAUCAGAGUCUUGCAUUAUGUACUGCGACAGUUAUGUUUGUACUCAGUCAAGAUAGACUUGCAAUGGAUUUGGAUAGAGACUGUCUUGAAUUAAUGUUAAGUCUUCUUGAAUGUGAUGUCAGUCAUAAAAAUGCUUUAGAUGAUUGCGGAUUAAGUCAUUCAGAAUUACAAAAAAACAAAGAGAAAGUAAGACAACUCUGUGCGCAUAUACAGGCUCAAGGGCAUGCAAAACAUUUAAACUUAGACAAUAUAACUGUUGGACAAUUAGCAAUGGAAACAUUAUUAAGUUUGACGUCCAAACGAGCUGGAGAAUGGUUUAAAGAAGAACUACGAGAACUUGGAGGAUUAGAACAUAUAAUAAAAACAAUCACAGAAUGCUAUCGACACAUUGAUUCAUAUAAUAUAUCACAGAAUGGUUGGAAUGAAUCACUUUUAGAUCAGUUACGUAAGGUUGAUAGGUGUUUGAGAGUAUUGGAAAAUGUUACACAUAUGAAUGAAGAAAACCAAGUUUACUUGCUCAGCUACAAUAGAAAUCUUUUAGUAAUUAUCAUGGCUAAUAUUUAUAAAUUAUGUUGUCAUGAAGUAGUAAAAUAUCCAAGAAGCAAAUGCUUAAAUAAAGAUUCAGUCGGUUCAGUUAUUGGAGAAUGUUUACUUGCAAUUGUUAAAGUUUUUAUUAAUCUAACUCAUCGAUUCAAAGGAUUAUCUUGUGGCGACAAAAUCAUUGGAAGUCAAGGCGACGUAAUAGCUAAUACGCUGCAGCUCGUACUUCAAAUACCAUAUUCAUUAUCAGAGGAUAAACAAUUUGAUAUAAUGAUGUUGGCUUUGAUUUUUUUAAUAAAUUUGAUAGAACAUAGUGAAGAUAAUAGAAAACUACUCACAUACACGAAGGUGCAUCCCAUUAAUACUGGAAGUGUUGAUGCAUUGAUUAGUCUCUUCUAUGCACAAGAGGAAUUAGCUUUAGCUGAAGAGCAAAAAACGGACGACAUUUUAGAUGGGAAGAAAGAUGCAGGACAACCAGAAGUUACCUUGGUGACUUCGAAAACACAAGAAGAAUUUAUCGAAGAAACGAUUAGUAAAUUAUUACAAAAAGCUGGCCGACAUAUGGAACACACCUUCAUAGGAGCCUAUGUGGUAUUACUACUGGGUUAUUUAAUAAUGGACAAUAGAAAAUAUGAAGAUCUUGUAAGACGAAGUUUACCUGAUGGGACUUUUUCAAGGAUGAUUGCCGUACUUCAAAAAUUUUUCAAUUUUAUGAAUCUCACUGCAUCUAAUGAAAUAAGUAACUGUGGAAUUGCUGCUACAGAAAAAGUUCUGAAAUUUCUGAGGAAGUUAGAUACUGGUUAUAAUGAAGAAGAAAAGAAUUCACAAGUAAUUUCAGAUAGCGCGUAAAAUAUAUAAUAGUAUUGAUUUCUAAUAAAAAGUUCACAAAGUUUAUUUUUGGAGCCAAAGUCUUGCAUUGCGAUUUGUCAUCAGCGUUUUGUUAUCUCGCAGAUGCCAAGGAAGAUAUAAAAUAUAAUUUUACAUAAAUACUUGAAGGAUAGAAUAAUAUUAAUUACUGUAUGUGUAUUGUUAAGAUGAUCAAACUUUAUAAAACAAAAAUAUGAUGAUUCUAUUAUAAAUAUAAGUUAACCAUAAUAUGCUUUACAAUUGUUUCUAUCCAAU